AUGACCAAUACAAAGCUUCAAUUUCACGCAGACCACAUAGGGUCCUUGAUACGACCGGCUUCUCUGUCAGCGGCGCAGGCAAAAGCCGACGAGGGAAGCAUCUCUGACGCCGAUUUGAAAGCCGUUCAGCGAGCAGCCAUAGACGACAUUGUUCAGAAGCAGCUGGCAAACGGCGUACGUGCCAUCUCGUCGGGCGAGUACGAUCGCAAGUAUUAUUUCUCGGGUUUCUUCGAAAAGCUGGAUGGGUUUCAUGAAGUAAGCCCGGUGCCGUGGGAGCUCGCGCGUAUGUCAGCGCCGCCAAUUGCUGCUCUGAAGAAGACCGGCAAACAGUACCCAAUGGCCGUGGUUUGUCAUGGCAAGAUUAAACGAUUGGAUAGCCCAUACAUGGACAACUGGAAGAUGUUGCGUGACACUUUGCCAAGGGACCAAUGGUCCUUGUGCAAAUUUACGAUGCCGCCGCCUUGCUACUUUCACCUGCGUCUAGCCAAAGGCAAGUGCUACAGCUCCGAGGCGUACAACAAUGAUAGCGAGUUCUUUGCCGAUCUGGCUGUGGCCUACCAGCAAGAGAUUCAAGCUCUGUACGACGAAGGCCUGCGAAAUUUGCAGAUUGACGACCCGACGCUCGCAUACUUUUGUUCCGACGAAAUGAUGACGGCUCUCCGGGACGAGGGCGAGGAUCCAGAGGCGCUCUUUGCGCAGUAUCUCCAAGCGCACAACGACUGCAUCGCGAAGCGCCCCGCGGACAUGCACGUGGGGUUGCACAUUUGCCGGGGCAACUUUGCCAAGUCGAUGCACUUUAGCCAGGGCUCGUACGAGCGCAUCGCCGAGCGCUUCUUCUCGACGCUCCACUACGACACUUUUUUCCUCGAGUACGACGACGAGCGCUCGGGCGGCUUCGAGCCGCUGCGGCACCUGCCGCGGGGCAAAAGCGUAGUUCUCGGGGUGGUGACGACCAAGGAUCCGGCGCUCGAGGAUGGGGAAACGGUCAAGCAGCGCGUGUUGGGAGCGGCGCGCAUCGUGGCGGCCGGGCAGGGCGUCAGCGUGGAAGAAGCGAUGGGAAGCAUUGGAAUCAGUCCGCAAUGCGGGUUCGCAAGCGUUGCGGUUGGGGCGGACGGCAUGACUGAGGCAAGAAUGUUUGCCAAGUUGAGGUUGGUACAGGAUAUUGCGCGGGAACUAUGGCCGUGA